CAAUGUAAAUCAUAACUGAACAUAUUUUCUACUUAGCGUUCCAAUGAAAUUGUCUUUAAUGUUUUAGUACUUUUUCCUUCUCUUUUUUUAUUGUUAUUUAUUGGAGGAACUAAAAAUAAGACUUGGUAAUUCUUAUGUCACUCUAAACUCUUAUUCGUAGGCCUAAAUUUGUUAAAAUUUCUCGUACAGAGUGAAAAUGGCGCCGGAUACAACAUUAACAACAUCUGAGUGGAUUGAGUUUUUUUCCAAUGCUGGAUUACCAGCUUCAGUGGCAGCAAACUAUGCUAUUACCUUUAUAGACCAUCGGAUUAGAACUGACAUGUUGACAGACCUUACAAAGGAAUACUUGUACGACAUGGGAAUCAAGACGAUGGGGGAUGUGAUUGCUAUUUUGAGACAAGCAAAAAUAGUGCAUGAUCAGGCCUUGAAAGACAAGAUGUUGGGAAAAGUUCAAACACCUAAUUUGUCAUCCAGCAAGAAAUCCACUCCAGCAACCCGUAUGCUGGAUCGUUAUACUCGAAGACUGCCCGAAUCUUCAAAAGAUCAGGGUGCUAGUGAAGUGCCUACUUCUGUAGGAAAUAAAACUUGUUCUGCUUGGGAUCUUGUGGAUUGUACUGGUGCAACACCGAUAAAGUUAUCCAUAAAAAGAAAGAGUGAGGAGGAAGCACUAAUUCCAAAGGUUAGACGAGUCCUUCCAGAACAUGAAGGUGGAUACAAGAUUAAAAUGCCUAUUGGAACUACAGAGAAAACUAGAAACAUUCUUAAAAAGCAAGGUUUACCUGGAGCUGGAUUGUCUAAGCGAUCUGUAUUUGACAGACUGGGAGAGAGUGCUGUCAGCAGCUCAACUGAUCUUGAAGAACAAAAGACCCCUUCUGUGUUCAAACGGUUGGGAGUUACUAGGCCUUCUGAAAUGCCAACAUCUUCCACUGUAGAUGAAAAUGAAACUGAUACUACAGAUGCUGCUACUGCUCUUCAAUAUCGUGGAGUUCUAAAAACAUUUUCUACUACUCCAGGGGAUCUUAAAGUAACCAAAAUUGUGAAGAAAGUUCCAGCCAUAGUAACAUCUAGUGGGCAAAAAGUCAGUAUCAUGAGGAGAUUAGGUCCUAAAAUCACUGCUGCCUCUAGUACAUCUACCAGACAAGAACAACCGAGUCUAAUUCUGAAAAAGUCUUUAUUAGCUGCGGGUGCAACUUCAUCACAUGGCAUUUUGGUUGGUACUGAUGUUACACGAUCAGCCAGCAUCAAGAAUCGCCUUGGUCAACAGAAAGCUUUCAUGUCUGCACAACAUCAACCUACAAGUGUUACUGUCCAGGCGGGUCAGUCAUUCUUGAAAUCCAAGAACACCAGAACACUUCUAGUAACAGCUGGUAACAUUGUGGCCAAAGCUAAAGCUACAGCCACAGGAAGAAUGGUAAAAAGUGCUGGGGAAGGAAACCGGACAGUCUUCCAGAGACUUGGUAACUAACAACUCAAAAUAUUUUUGUCAAUUUAUUUAUAGAAUAUCAUCUCAAAGAAAAUUUUGUUUGUACAAAACUAUUCCAGUAGUGAUUUAGUAGAAUAAAAGUGUGAAACCUUUAUUCAAGUACAA